AUGAGUAAAUUCAUGCAAAGAAUAGACGACAAGAUCGAGGGGAUUUCGCAAGAAGUAAACAAUCUGAAGGCCAAUACAAGUCAACCAGAACGAAUUGAUCUGAUCAACAACCUCAAACGGGAAAUAGACGAACUUAAAAACGAAAACUUAGAAUUACGCCAAAGAAAUGCGACUAUAUCGUACGCUAUGGCAGACUUGCAAACUAAACUUAAAGACAUGGAGAACGAAAAAAACCCCAGCCUAAUUACGGCAAUUAAGCUGGUUCAACUAGAUCAAUCCAAACCUAGUGGAACCAAAAAUCAAGUUGACAACUGGCAUGUUGUUCGAAAUAAGAAACCAAACGUUAGCAAGGAUGCCCACAAAACGGCCGCCAGUAUCGCGGAUGUUAACAGAUAUGAAGUCCUUAGUGACAGCGAUGUAGAACCAACAGAAGGACAACGCCCGCCUUAUGUCAGACCGAUCACGGCCCACAAGAAUCCCGGCAAUAAAGAAUCAACUUUUGACACGGAGAAUGAAAUUAAUCAAAAUCUAAAUGGUCAUCGACAGAAGGAAAAUCAAUCUGAAAACAAACCAAAUAUCGCCAUCGUUGGAGACUCAAUGAUUAAGAACAUUAACCCUCGUAAGCUAUCAAGAAAACGGGUUAAUAAAUUCACGUUUCCAGGCAAAAGAGCGGAGGAUUGCAUCUGA